AGAUCACACAGAAGUUUUGCAAAUUAUGUCACAGAUCAGAUAUCAAACCUGUAAAUGUAGAAGUUUACGGAAAAGUCUUCAAAAAAAUUGUAUUGUGUACGUUAAAAAUUUGGAUUAGAAAAAUCAAUAAAUAUUGCCAAUAGCAUAUGUGUUAUUCUAUUUUAAACAGUUCCAAGGCGCAAAAUUUAUCUGGGGCUGCAGCACUCACAAACGCCAGCUUCCAUCCCAAUCACAUGUGGCAACCAUGCGCAUGCUUUUUAUGAUUUUCACAAUAGCCGAGCGAAGUUUCAAGAUUCUAGAACUGCCCACCACACCAACGCUCCUGCUGCGCCGCCAGUGCCAUAACUACGGCUACGACUACAUCAGCCCCACGCACAUCGAACUCAGCCGGGAGGCCACUCGCCUGGUAAUCCGCCGUCUGCAACGCACAGUGCUCCGCCUGAUCCGAGACCCGGACUUCAUCAUGUCCGCCGAGGCAAAUCCCGAGACCGAUAAGGAGCACCAGGAGUCCCCAUUCUCGGCAAACCGAAAGGCCGGCGGCAGCACCGGCAAACAGGACUCAAACUGUCGCACUUGCAAUGAUUUCAAGUCCUGGUCCAAGCAGCAACGCCUCAUCUCCAACGUGCAGAGCGCCAAGGUGAAGCACAUGGCCGCCGCCGAGAAACUGACCGUUAACGCCGCCGAAGAUCCGCUGCCCCGUGAAGACUGCCCGCUGGACAAGGUGCGGCUGGGCAUUUCCACCUGGGGACUGCUUCACACCAUGGCCGCCUUCUACUCGGACAACCCCACGGACACCGAGAAGCGCGACAUGAAGACCUUUUUUGAGGUUCUGUCGCGCCUUUACCCCUGCGAGUUUUGCGCCAAGGACUUUCGCACCGACCUGGACGUCAACCCCAUCAAUGUGAACUCCCAGAAAGAGCUGGCACUGUGGCUGUGCAAGUUCCACAACCGGGUGAACGACAAACUGGGCAAGCCGCUCUUCGACUGCGCCAAAGUAAACGAGAGGUGGCGCGACGGCUGGCUGGACGGCUCCUGCGACUAGGCGCCGCAGCCACCUCUCGCCGCAAAGUCCCGUCUCCCGCCCGUUGCCGGUUGCCAUGUUGACCACACUUUGUCCCACAUAUUGCUCAGCUGGCCCAAAACCACAACCACGGAACACGGGACUCCUGCUCGACGGUGAUCCGUCGCCAUCCAAAAGUGUGCCCUGUUUCUGGCCAGAGGCCCUGCUCACCAGUCGGAACCUGCGUCAGCGUGACAUUAAAUUGAGUUAUGUUGUAAUAGAGCCACACCGAAGGUCCAUUGUUAAAUGAUUUGCUGGCUAUGAACUCUCUGAGAAUACACACAUUAUGUUGAGGA